ACAACACUAUCUAAACAGUCAACUGUUUACAACGUUUUAGUAUUAUCAGUGCUUCUCGUAUGUUUGUUCGUGAUAAAAACAUUAAAUAGAGAGCUUCACAACAGUCACUGAGUACAUUCUGAUAUACUGUAAACAACAGUCUUGAAUAUCACAUUCAUACAGUUCUCUUCUAAAAAAUGACUUCAAGAGUGCAAACCGUGCUAGGCGCAAUCAAACCGUCCGAGUUAGGAGUCACGCUUACACACGAGCACCUUUCGAUGAACUUCGAGCAUUUCUACAGGAAGCCCCCGGAAACACUGGUAGACUUUUUCCAGACCAAACCUACUUUGGAAAACGUUGGCUACAUCAGACAAUAUCCCUACAGCUCUAGACACAACUUAAUUCUCGACGAUGAAGAGGCCAAUAUAGCUGUUUUAGAUGAUGUCAAGGCAUACAAGAAAUUCGGUGGAGGUGCGAUCGUAGAAAAUACUACGAAGGGUCUUGAUAGAGACAUAAAAUUCUAUGAGGAGGUCGCCCAGUCGUGUGGCGUGCACGUUAUUGCCGGUACGGGGCACUACAUCGAGGACGUGCAGCCCGACAAUUACCUUCAUUACUCCACUGAGGAUAUCUACAACCGUAUGAUGGGCGAGUUGACUGAAGGAUUCCCAGAGGAACCACAAAUUAAAGCUGGAUUCAUGGGGGAGAUUGCUAGCGUCUGGCCUAUAAGGGAGUUUGAGCGAAGAGCGAUCCGCGCGGCGGGAGAAUUGCAGCCGCAGGUGGGCUGCGGAGUCAGCUUUCACCCUCACAGAAACCCAGAAGCACCCUUCGAGAUCAUUCGCCUGUAUUGCGAGGCUGGCGGGUCGGCAGACAAGGUGGUUAUGUCACACUUGGAUCGCACGCUUCUAUCGAACGAUGUUCUGUUGGAAUUUGCAAAUCUCGGGACCUACUGCCAGCUCGACCUGUUUGGUGUGGAAGUUUCUUACUACCAGCUGAACGUGGCCACUGACAUGAUAAACGACGCGCAAAGAAUCGAUAAAAUCAAGUGUCUGAUCGACCAAGGGUUCGAAGACAGAAUACUGAUGUCUCAUGACAUCCAUACCAAACACAGGCUGAUCAACUUCGGCGGUCACGGUUAUUCGCACAUCUUGAACAAUGUGUUGCCAAAAAUGAAAUCUAAGGGUAUACCUCAAAGUGUUAUAGACAAAAUUACUGUUGGAAAUCCUGCUAAUUGGUUAUCUAUUAAGGAAUAAUGUUCACUAUUCUUGAAGAAUUAAGUUUUUUUUUGUUUGAAUUAAAUGCCAGGGCAAAGGCUGAAAACAUGUUUAAGUUUAUUUUUUAUUAGAAAUAAAACAAUGAGAAUUAAAA